GACGGGAGCUCCGCGCCCGCCGCCCCGCAGCCCCCCGCCGUCACGUUGGCGGCGCGCGGGAGGAGCUCCCGCCUCGCCCGGGGCGCCGGCUAAAUUUAGGCAGCUGGCGCUGCUGCCCGGCGGAGCAGCAUGCAGGUCUCCUUUGUGUGCUCCGAGCACAGCAUCAAGAGCCGGAGCGCGGAGGACCGGCUGAACCGACAGAAUGCCGGCAGCCCCAGCCUCGGCACCCGCGGCAAGUUCCGCGCCGUGGCCAUGGUGGCCCGCAGCCUGGGGCAGCUCUCGGUGCAGAACGCCCCCUCCUCCAGCGAGUCCAGCGUCAAGCACCCGGGGAUGAAAUACCGGAACCUUGGGAAGUCUGGACUGCGCGUGUCCUGCCUGGGCCUGGGGACAUGGGUGACUUUCGGAGGGCAGAUCACAGAUGAGAUGGCGGAGCAGCUGAUGACUUUAGCUUAUGACAACGGCAUUAAUCUCUUUGACACAGCAGAAGUCUACGCUGCUGGCAAGGCCGAGGUGGUGCUGGGGAACAUCAUCAAGAAAAAAGGGUGGAGACGGUCCAGCCUGGUCAUCACCACCAAAAUCUUCUGGGGAGGAAAGGCUGAGACAGAGAGGGGCCUGUCCCGAAAACACAUCAUAGAAGGUCUGAAGGCGUCGCUGGAGCGGCUGCAGCUGGAGUACGUGGACGUGGUGUUCGCCAACCGGCCCGACCCCAACACGCCGAUGGAAGAGACGGUGCGAGCCAUGACCCACGUCAUCAACCAGGGGAUGGCCAUGUACUGGGGGACCUCGCGCUGGAGCUCCAUGGAGAUCAUGGAGGCAUACUCGGUGGCCCGGCAGUUCAACCUGAUCCCGCCGAUCUGUGAGCAGGCCGAGUACCACAUGUUCCAGCGGGAAAAGGUGGAGGUGCAGCUGCCUGAGCUCUUCCACAAGAUAGGCGUCGGAGCCAUGACCUGGUCCCCACUGGCCUGUGGCAUCGUCUCGGGGAAGUAUGACGGGGGGAUUCCCCCCUACUCGCGUGCCUCGCUGAAGGGAUACCAGUGGCUGAAGGACAAGAUCCUGAGUGAGGAGGGCCGGCGGCAGCAGGCGAAGCUGAAGGAGCUGCAGGCCAUUGCCGAGCGCCUGGGCUGCACCUUGCCCCAGCUCGCCAUCGCCUGGUGCCUGCGCAACGAGGGUGUCAGCUCAGUCUUACUGGGAGCCUCCAAUGCUGACCAGCUGAUGGAGAAUAUUGGAGCAAUACAGGUCCUUCCAAAGCUGUCGUCUUCCAUCGUCCACGAGAUCGAUAGCAUCCUGGGCAACAAACCCUACAGCAAGAAGGACUACAGAUCCUAAGUGCGCCCGAGCGUGCCGCCUGCCGCGCAGCCCUCGCCGCCCGUUCGCUUGCUUACGCUUUGUUGGAGCAAAGUGGAGAGUGUGGUUUGCACCACGAGCGCCGAGAGCCAGCGCUCCUGCCCGCGCUGCCCCGGACACGGCGCCACGGCUGCUCGGCCUGGCUCUGGGGCACAGGGAUGGCCGGCGGGGCCCGCGGGACACGAGCCCCAGCCGCCCGGCCGCCCUGCCUGCAGCCGGAGCCGCCGCGGGGCCCGUUGCAUGCGUGGCUCCCGCCCCUGCGUUGCCGGAGGUGGCGGGCGCGGGGUGCACGCGGGUGCUGUAUGCCCACGAGGCUGACAACACGAAGCUGUUCCCCAGCCCUCGCCUCUGCCCUGCGCCGCCGGCACCGCCAGCCCGACACCAGCGUCGUGGGGCUGCGGUUCCUGGGGUGGGGGGCAGGAUGGGGUGGUGACAGGGAAGGGGUUUCCUGUGGGAGAAGCCCAGGGUGCCCCACUCGAGCGUGGGGCUGGGCUCUGCUGCAGGGAGGGGCCAGGCCAGGGGAGUGUGUGUGGGCGAGUGUGUGAGCGUGUGUGUGGACAGACACACGUGGAGACACGCAGGGACAUGGACAUACAGACGUACAUUUGCAAGCAGCAGCUGUGGAGGUGAACACGGCCCACAGGCACCUUCAGAUGUAUCUGCACGAAGCUACUGAAAUACAGGGGCCUCUAUACACACACCCACACCCACUCAUGACAGGUGUGUGUACACACACACACAGGUAGGUAUGUAUGUAUAUAGAUAUGUAUAUAGAUAUGUACAUAUGUGUCUGAAAAUUACAUAUAAAAUGUACACAAACACCCACGCAGACAGACACGUGUACUUGUGUAUAUACAGACAUACAUAGCUCGAUGUAUAGAUCAAUAUAUGUAACUUAAAGAUGUGUACACAUCCAUGUAAAUAUAUUGCUGUAGCAGCAUCCACGUUUGUAUGGAUAUAUGCACACAUAUGAAAAUUACAGAUGCGUACAUAAAUGUGUAUAUGCAGAUAUAUGCGUAGAUAUAUCUAUACCCAUACCCAACUCCAUAACUAAUACUCAUCUUUCUAUAAAUAUAUGCUGUCUAUAUAUGUGGAAACAGAUAUUUGUGAUUUAGAUAUAGCUAUAUAUAUAUAUAGCUAUAUAUAGAUACAUAUGAUAUAGAUAUGAUAUAUAGCUAUCUGAGAUACAGCUAUAGCUAUGUAUAUCUAUCUCUUUAUAGCUCUUUGUGUACUCUGUGCAGAACAUUUUUGCCAAUACCUAUAUCUAUCCACAUACAUAUAGACACAGAGAGUUCCAUCUAUCUGUGCACACACAAAUAUAAAAACUAAAUGUAUGUGCAAGCCCUCAGCUCUGUGCACAGUGUGUGUGUUUCUCCACUGCCUGUGUAGCCAUGGCUGCACCUACAAGCCCCCCAUAAAUGUGUGUGUGUGCAUGCAAACACAGAGGGUCUCUCCCAACCCACACAGGACAUCAGAGCUCUCCCUCUCAUCAUGGCUGGGGUCUGUAUGCACACCCCUGCCCCAUACACCCUUAACACCUUUGGGGAUGUGGAUUUACCUGCAGCUGUACCCACACACCUUUAUUUAUACAUCUGUCUACAGAACUGCACUGAUGGUUUUGUGCAACAAACACACUCAUGUGUGAAAUCACAAAUACAAAUGUGUAUCUGUGUAGAUACAAAUGUGUAUCUCUGUAUACACGUGUGUGCUAUCUCUAUCUAGUACAAUCUAUAUACCCCUAGCUGUAUCUAUAUCUACCCCUCUGUAUAAAUAUAUAAAAAUUACAAAUA